AAUCAUGGCCAACAUCAUUUUUAUCAUUGUAAUGUCGAUAAUAUCGAUAUCCAUAUUGAUUCAAGAUUCAAAUCAACAAUCAAACAAUUGUGAUCGAAAGGCAGUCGAUCAUUGUAUGUUAGAAAUGACUAUAAUUGGUGAUCCAAAACAACGAUUUCCUAUUGAUUUAGAUACAAUGAAUGAACGUUGUCGACAAAUGAAACGUUUGGAAAAAUGUGUUAGAAAUUUUGCACAAAAUUGUCUUCAAUCCGAUUCACGUAAUACGGUAUUCAAAUUGAUAUUCAGUAUUAGCCUUACAAAUAAAGGAUAUUGUACUCGUAAACGUAAACCGGCUUACAUUUCGAUUGGAAAUUGUGCUAAUCCUUUAAUGAUAGAAUUGUCAAAAAUUAUUAAUACCUUUACACGAUCAUUACAUGGUGUACGAUAUUAUCCGGAAAAAAAUUUACGAAUACCAUUGCUAUGUUGCAAUUAUUUCUUAUUCAAACGUUCCAUAUUGAAUGUGAUUGAUGAAAAUUGUUUACAAACACAUGAUGAAGUUGAACAUUUAAUCGAUGGUUAUGGAAAUGAUCUUGUCAAUUUUAUUUGUAAUGAUUAUACUGAAGAUUCAGAUAAAUGUGGUACGAUUAUAGAUCAAACACCCAAAUGGAAUAAACCAUUAAAUUAUACUAGUUUUAUUAUACCAAUAGCAGAAAUUGUUAAUAAUUUAUAAUUUAAAAAAAAAAUCUUAAACAAAAAAAAACAUCAAUCCUUGAGAAUAUUGAUUAAUCAUUGUUUCA